GAGGCUCAACACACUGGGAGGAGGAACAGCAGAUCCCACACGUUGGGACAGCGGUUCUUGGGAGGUCUCUGGAGCCCAAGCUCUUCUCAGAAGGAACUACGGAAAAGAGAGCAGACACCAUGGAGCAACCCUCAGCCUCUGCCCGCAGAGGGCGUGUCCGCUGGCAGGGGUUCCUGCUGGCCGUCUCACUCUUAACCUUCUGGAGCCCGCCCACCACUGCCCGACUCACUCUUGAAUUGCUGCCGCCCAACGUUGCUGAAGGGAAGGAUGUGCUUUUCCUUGUCCACAAUCAGAAUCAAGAUCUUCUACGCUAUACCUGGUACAAAGGGGAAAGAGGAGACAUCAAACGUUAUAUUGCAUCAUAUAGAACAGACACUCAGAUAAAUGAAACUGGGCCAGCAUACAGUGGUCGAGAGACAAUAUACCCCAAUGGAUCCCUGCUGGUCCAGAGAGUCACUCUGAAUGACGCAGGACACUAUACCCUACUGUACACACAUAGAGACUUACAGGCUGAAGAAGUAACUGGACAGCUCAGUGUAUUCCCGGAGUUACCCAAACCCAACAUCACAAGCAACAACUCUAACCCUGUGGAGCACAAGGAUGCUGUAGUGUUCACGUGUGAACCUGAGAUUCAGGACACCACCUACCUGUGGUUGUUCAACAGUCGGAGCAUCCAGAACAGUUCCAAGCUGGAGCAGUCCAAGGACAACAGGACCCUCACGAUAUUCUAUGUCACAAGGAAUUACAUAGGACCCUACGAGUGUGAACUGCAGAACCCAGCGACUGCCAACCGCAGUGACCCACUCUACCUGAAUGUUCUCUAUGGCCCGGAUUCCCCCACCAUCUCUCCCUCAGACACCCAUUACCGUCCCGGGGCCAACCUCAGCCUCUCCUGCCACGCAGACUCUAACCCACCCGCACAGUAUUCUUGGCUUAUCAAUGGGAGUCUCAAACAAUCUUCACAGGAUCUCUUCAUCACCAACAUCACAGCGAAUGAUAGUGGAACCUAUACCUGCCUCGUCCAUAACUCUGUCACUGGCCUCAACAGUACCUUGGUCAGGACUAUC